GAAGACGUGCGCUUUUGACAGCAGCAGCUAGCAACAUCAAGAAGUGAGUGAGCAUGCAGGGCUUUCGCUCGAUCGCUCGAUCGCUCGCUCGAUCGCUCGCUCGCUCGCACGCACGCACGCACGCACGCCAGCCCUUUUCCUUUCCUCUCCCUUACCCCCACAUUCUUGAUUCGGGUCUCGAUUCAACUCUCACUGUGCACCCUCCUUUGCCUUCCGCUCACGCUCACACUCACACUCCUUCUCCACCUUUUAAUCAAUUGCAUACCCAUCACAGCUUGUGCUCUGUAGCCGCCGCCAAGCUCGAUUCAUCAGCUGGCCAGGAUGUGCUUUCCCAAAUCGAACCACAAAACGCUCAUCGACUCCUGCUUCCCACCUCCAAAGGCGCUGGGUGGAAGCGGGCCAGAGUACAAGGCGAACAGCAACGAGCUCAGCAGAUUGGCCUACUACGCCAACUCCAAACCCGCAAAGCUCACAAAAGUCUUUUCCAACCUGUCGGAUAAGGCCAAUGCCUUUGCAAAGGGUCUUGCAGGCGCAACCGGCGCCAAAGCGGACAACAACAAGGGUGGCUUGAUGUUGACGCUUGCGAUCGUCAAGUCGUUGGUGACGGAUUGCAAGUCGCAUUUGUCCUACUUUGCCUCUUCCGCUCAAGACAUUGUCCACCAAUCUAUCGUCUCUGCUGCAGCUGGGCCCGGACCUGCUGCCAAUCGUCGUGACCUGGACAUUUCAACCAGAUCCGCAAGCACCUUCUACGCCAUUGCCAACUACAUCGACCCCGCAACCGCAAACGCCGAUGGUCGCUACCAAGGUCUGAUCAAGCAAUUUGCACGCGUCGCUACCGAGCAGACCAACGACAAGGAGGAUACUAGCAGAAUCCGCUUGAUAGGUCUUGGCGCCUUGGCUGGUGCUGUGGGCUCCGACGCUCUGUACACGUCCAGCUUCAAGGAACAGACCAACAUCAUCGUGCCCGCUCUUCUUGCAAAUCUCCUCGAAUCAGAUGCCGUCAAUCUCGACUACCUUCGCUCAGAAGCUGCAAAGGCCGCUCAAGGCUCUCCAAGCUUUGCAGAGUACAAUGCAAAGCGUCGUCCCAUCGCCUCUCGUCGCACGCCCAGCCUUUCCGGCACAGCAGCUACGGAAAAGACGUAUACAGCAAAGGACGCUGCUUCUUCAGCCAUCUCCACCCUCCAGGGUCUACUGCACAAUGCCGAUGCCAGUCACGUCCAGAUCAUUGCCAGCGCAGUCAUUACGUACCUGGAUGGCACGACUGCCUGGUCAAAAUGCAGUGUGCCAUGGUGCGUCUGGCUCGCUGAAGCACUGACUAGCUGGACAGCACAGCCAUACAGGUUCUUGAUCCUCAACGCUCUGCUCGAAAACCUCGUCGAGACCGAAGCUUCGUCGCCAUCCCCUCCGAGCGGCGACUCGUCAUCGCGCAAGUCGGAGACCCUACUCGUCAUGAUUUCAGGCCUGUUGAGGAGCAAAUUGUCCCUCAUCGGCUUGAGCACCAGCGACACCAUCUCCAAUCUGCUUGGUCUGGCCGUCAGGCGUACACACGCCAACCCGGAUGAUGCGCUACUACCGGCCCUCAUCGACUGCAUCGGUGCUGUGGGCACCCACACAUACUAUGCCGAUCAAGCGACCGACUCGGCCGACGAGAUUUGCGCGCGCAUUGGCGCUCUGUUACUAUCUUCUGCUGAUGCCGAUGGUCUCGCUGCCGCGUCUGCUGCCAAGACGUCCACAGGAGCACAGCUGGCUCCACACCAGCCUCGCCGACCCAUCAAGACCAGCGACCGAGCUAGAGACGUCUCCAUUCGCGUCUUGCUUUGCGCUUUGGCUUCGCUCACCGACGCAGCCAACGCAUAUCCUAGCAAGGCGAGCGCUGGUGGCACUGGAGUAGGAACGGCUCGCUCGCGCAUCUCUCCAGAUGUACUCGCACCUACAUGCGCACUACUGAUAUCACCCAAUCCGCGCGUCAGGACCACCUUUCACCAGACUGUGUUGUACUUCUUGGAAAGAGAAGCCGGGCCGGGCUCGGACACGCUGCCCUCUGCGCACGAAGCGCAGCAAAAGGAGUCCGCCUCGUUCGUCCACGCUUGGAGCGCUGGUGCUUUUGUCCUCGCACUUUCCAAAACGCUCUUCUUGCCCGGAGCUAGCGGUGUGGGCAGCUCCACAGCAUCCGCGUCCGGAUCUGCAGCCGGCGCGCCAAAAUUCGAGUCUCCUCUAGGAUACCUCCCGAUCAUCGAUCGAGCGAAUGUGGAGGGCACAAAACUUCCGAAUCAGGAGUCGGCCGCUACUCCCCUGGACUACAGCGCACUGACCGCCAUCUCCGAGAAGCUGAUCCAGUACUUGCCCAUCCCAGCCACGCUUGGGCUUGUGCCCGCAUUAUUGAAGCUUGACAAGGAUGUGCGCAGCAGGCUUUCAGGAGGUGCUGCAGAGAGCGAAAGAGCUGCGGCCACGUCGUCAUUCAUCGGCAAGAGCUUCUCGACGCUAGCCAGCGCGUGGGACGCGCCCAAGGCUGGUGUCUCUACGUCUUCUGCGUCUCUUCCCUUGUUCCCUGUCCAGCAGCCCGACCUAGAUUCCAUUCCAGAUGCAGGAAACUUCAAAGGCAUGAGUUCCAGCGGCUCUGCAUCGAGCGUGAACGCGUCAAGCAUCGUGGACGCGCUUUCCAAGUCGAGCAAGUUGCAGGAGGACAGUAGGCUCAGUCAGCAAGAGCUCGCCGAUUGGCUUUCGCGCGAUUGGAGCGUCAGCAUUGCAGUCGAUGAUGCCUUGAUCGGUGCUUCUCCUUUCCGGUCUUCGCUCGAUGGAUCUAGCGUGCCGCGACCUUUCGAAGGCGUGCGAGGAGGGGAAGCAGCGUCGGCCGUCUUGCCUACCUCUGCAGAACAGCCACGCGGCGUGGGUGUGGACGACUUCCGUGCUGCGCUUGGAAGCCGCUCGUACGGCUCAGGUGGAGGAGGAGCCAGCAUUGGUGGCAACAGAGCGACCAGCAGAAGCGGCAGCUCCGCUCCUCCGAGCGCAGCCAACAACCUCACCGGAAGCAAUUCCUUGACGGGUCUCGGCAGCGCUGAUGGAUCAGCAGCGGGUCGAGGCGCACUAGCGGAGAGGAGAACAAGUCGGAGAGUGAGCAGAAAGGAGCUUAAUCCUGCCGCGGCCGGAAGAGACGUAGGCAAGAUUCUGGACGGCUUGCACAUUGGCACAGCGGACGAAUCGCUCGAGGACCCUUACACUGUCAAGAGCAAAAAAGCCCACGAUGGGGACACCAGGCUCGUCGCACCCGUCCUCUCGUAAAGUGCAUAAGCUUUUUCCCUCGCUGGAUUCGUAUACAUUCACGCUUUGUUUCUAUCCCUCCCCUGCUUUGCUCGGCCACCACUCGCGUUCCUUGCGCUCGUGAAAUCUUAAUAUCUUGUCUGCUACCCGCCACCUUGCUCUGCUGUGCGGUUCCUGGAACGCCCAUCUUAUAGCUCAAAAUUAUUCAACAAGAACCGCACUAGAACACGCCACGCGAACGCAGGACAACACGUAAUGAAUUUGGUAUCUUUGUUGGGGAGAAAGGAGUGGUGCGGGUAGUAGAAGGAGAGGGCAGUCAAGUGUCGCUAUAUGAAAGUAUCGACGUUCAAAAAGAUGGACAGAUCAAUGAUGGAGGGAUUCUUGAUGCGCAGAGAGACGAGACGAAAAAAGAAAGUCAAAGCAAGAGUCCG